CCCACGGGCGGCCGCCAACUUCUCUGGAUGGGACCAGAAGUUUCUAAGCCGGCCAGUUGCUGCCUCCCUUUAUCUCCUCCUUCCCCUUUGGCAGCGAGGAGGCUAUUUCCAGAUACUUCCAGCCCUCUCCGGCCACGUCACUCCCUCCUUUAAUUCAUAAAGGUGCCCGGAGCCGGCUUCCCGGACACGUCGGCGGCGCGCAGAGCUCCUCCAGUCCUCCUUCCGACCUCGGGGCGAAGGCCAAGCGUCCCCGAACUCCGCGACCCCCCGCCGCAUCGGGCGGACCGCCCACCCCCGUGCCCCCCCGACCUCAGCAUGAGCGCCGCCACCCACUCGCCCGUGGUGCAGAUGGCGUCCGGCAACGGCGCGGGAGACCGCGACCCCCUGCCCCCGGGCUGGGAGAUCAAGAUCGACCCGCAGACCGGCUGGCCCUUCUUCGUGGACCACAACAGCCGCACCACGACGUGGAACGACCCCCGCGUGAGCCCCGAGGGCCCCAAGGAACCUCCAUCCUCUGCCAAUGGCCCUUCCCGGGAGGGCUCCAGGCUGCUACCCUCUAGAGAAGGCCACCCUGUGUACCCCCAGCUUCGACCAGGCUACAUUCCCAUUCCUGUCCUCCAUGAAGGUUCUGAAAACCGCCAGGCGCACCCUUUCCAUGCCUAUCCCCAGCCUGGGGCGCAGCGAUUCCGGACCGAGGCAGCAGCUACUCCUCAGAGGGCCCAGUCGCCCCUGCGUGGUGUGGCAGAAGCCAACCAGGCAGACAAGCAGUGUGGACAGGGGCCGCCAGCUGCAGCAGCUCAGCCCCAGGCCUCCCACGGACCCGAGCGGUCCCAGUCUCCAGCUGCCUCUGACUGCUCCUCCUCAUCCUCCUCAGCCAGUCUGCCCUCCUCUGGCAGGAGCAGCCUGGGCAGUCACCAGUUGCCACGGGGCUACAUCUCCAUUCCUGUGAUACACGAACAGAACGUGGCCCGGCCUGCAGCCCAGCCCUCCUUCCACCAAGCCCAGAAGACCCACUACCCAGCUCAGCAGGGCGAAUACCAGACCCACCAGCCCGUGUACCACAAGAUCCAGGGGGAUGAUUGGGAACCCAGACCCUUGCGGGCAACAUCCCCGUUCAGGUCACCGGUUCGGGGGGCAUCCAGCCGGGAAGGCUCUCCAGCCAGAAGCAGCACCCCAGUGCACUCACCGUCACCCAUCCGUGUGCACACCGUGGUCGACAGGCCUCAGCAGCCCAUGACCCCUCGAGAGUCUCCAGCUACUGCCCAACCUGAAAACAAACCAGAGAGCAAGCCAGGUCCAGCUGGACAAGAGCUCCCUCCUGGCCACAUCCCCAUUCAAGUGAUCCGCAAGGAGGCUGAUUCGAAGCCUGCCCCCCAGAAGCCAGCCCCUCCCUCGGAGAAGGUGGAAGUAAAGGUUCCCUCUGCCCCGGUUCCUGCGCCGCCUCCAUCGCCCAGCCCCGCCCCUUCGGCCGUGCCCUCUCCCCCUAAGAACGUGGCCACAGAAGACCAGGUGGCCCCCAGCUCCGCCCCCGCCCCGGUCGAAACUGUACCUCUGAAACCUGAAGAAGCUGCGGCUCCCCCCAAACAUCCGGGCGUGCUCAAAGUGGAAGCCAUCUUGGAGAAGGUGCAAGGCCUAGAGGAGGCUGUCAGCCACUUCGAAGGCAAGAAGACUGACAAGAGGUACCUGAUGAUCGAGGAGUACCUAACCAAAGAGCUGCUGGCCCUGGACUCCGUGGACCCCGAAGGCCGAGCCGACGUGCGUCAAGCUAGGAGAGACGGGGUCCGGAAGGUUCAGACCAUCUUGGAAAAGCUCGAGCAGAAGGCAGUGGAUGUCCCUGGUCAGGUCCAGGUCUACGAACUGCAGCCCAGCAACCUUGAGAGCGACCAGCCGCUGCAGGAAAUCAUGGGGAUGGGUGCCACCGCAGGCGACAAGGACAAGGGCUCCAGAGACGCAGGCCCCCAAGCCGAAAGCCACCAAGCAGAAGCCAAAGCCGGACUUCCAGAUGCCAGCAGCACGACGGACCCGGCUGGCGACCCGGCCGCGGCUCCUCCGUCUGCGAAGUGAACGCCAGGCUGGGCGCCCGGGACCUGACGUGUGCUCCAGGGACUGUUCCGUUGCAUGCCCUUCAGGGACUUUAAGUCAGUUGGUUCUUAUUAUUCAUAGCUGCUUGGUAUGCAAUAACUUGGGUUGGAGGCAAAACACUAAUAAAAGGGCUAAAAGGAAAACCUUGCUUUUCUUCUGUAUUCUUACUCUGUACAGAUAAAGAAGUUGUUUCAGAAGUUUAAUCCCAAUGCUUGUUGUCUGAGGGCCCUUUGAGUGCAUGGGUUCCUCAUGUUAGCCAUGGUUAGCAGCUGUCUUCCUGUAGCUCUGCAGAGGACUGAAGGAGUUUCUUGGAGGGGUAGGAAAGGAAUUCAUUUCCCAUCACAUAAUAUGAAACCCAUAUUUCAAAAAUGUCACCAUUUUAGUGGGAUGAUUUUCUUCUCAUUAUUUUAAAUAUCAUCGCUAGCAAGAAUAAGAUGUAUAAGGAGGUGUAGGAAUAUCUGUACAUUGGAUGGAUUUAAUGUUACAUUUGAGAAAAUGAAAAUAAAGUAAUUAGAAAACCCAA